UGCGGGGGAGGAGCGGAGCCUGGACGGGCCGGGUCCCCUAAAGCGGGCAGUGGCUUGGGAAGGCGGGGGCGCUGUGGUUCGCAGCUCCUCCGGAAAAGUUUGCACGGGAUUCAGUUGGUGCGCAGCGGGCCGCUGGAGCCCAAGCACUGCGGGCGUGGCGACCGUCCCGCGCCCGGUCCGCUCCUCCUCCUCCUUCACAGCCCGGGCUGCCGCGCGCCGCCCCUUCGCCCGGGACUGGCUGCGGGCUGCGGCCGGGGCGGGGACCUGUAGCCGUCGUCGCGGCGCCCUCGGGCAGGGACCGACCGGCAGGUGGAAGCGCCCCGGGGAGGCGGGGCCGCCCCUGGCUGCCGUGGGUCGAGGCGGGCUCUUGGCCCGGCCGCUCCCGCCCUGACCCGCCGGCCUCUCCCACCCUAGCAGUGACGCGCCGCCUCCGAGCCCGAGCCCGCGCCGCGGCCAGCAGCGCGAUGGACCGCAGCGUCCCGGAUCCCCUACCCCGCAGCGCGCCCCGCACCCCCGCCAUGCAGCCCGCGGGCUCCGCAGGUGCAAUGAGAUGACGUAUCCACAAGUGGACACGGGGUUCUGUUCCCUCCAGAUUUGCCAGUAGUGCAGGGAUACCUCUGAAACUUAAGCAGGAAAACAAAAGGGAAGGCGCCUCUUCCUCCGGCCGAGACGAAGGGCACUGAUGUCUCUUCUGCUGAAGACCCUGUAGAAUCUACUGCUGUCGUCACAGAGCAACAAGACAAUAUGAUAGAUAAAGAUAUUGAGCUCUCAGUGGUCCUGCCGGGAGAUAUCCUCAAGUCUACUACUGUUCAUGGCAGUAAGCCAAUGAUGGACUUGCUCGUGUUCCUCUGUGCUCAGUAUCACUUAAAUCCGUCAAGUCACACAAUUGAUUUGCUCUCUGCUGAAGAGAACCUUAUCAAAUUUAAGCCAAACACACCAAUAGGAAUGCUGGAUGUAGAGAAGGUAAUUUUAAAGCCAAAAUCUCUGGAUAAGAAAAAGCCUACACCUAUAAUCCCAGAGAAAACUGUGAGAGUAGUGAUCAACUUUAAGAAAACACAGAAGACCAUAGUGAGAGUUAGUCCCCACGCACCCCUUCAAGAUCUUGCUCCCAUCAUAUGCAGUAAAUGUGAGUUUGAUCCGUUGCAUACCGUGCUGUUGAAGGAUUACCAGGCUCAGGAGCCCCUCGACUUGACAAAAUCUCUUAAUGACUUGGGACUAAGAGAGUUAUAUGCCAUGGAUAUCAGCAGAGCCCCCUCUGCCACUGCCUUCAGUAAGUCAUCUUUCCAAGAGUCCUGCCAAAUAUCACACAACCCGGACAUUGUGAAGGAGAAAGAAAACAAAGGGAUUUUCAGUUUUUUCCAACGCAGCAAGAAAAAGCGAGAGCAAACUGCCAGUGCUCCUGCGACCCCACUAGUGAGCAAGCAUCGUCCAUCUUUCACGAGGUCCAACACCAUUUCCAAACCGUACAUUUCCAAUACCCUGCCCUCGGAUGCACCCAAGAAGAGACGUGCCCCACUGCCACCGAUGCCCACAUCCCAGGGUGCUGCUCAAGGCCAGGAGAGACGAGCGUCUUGUGUGGAGAGAUCCACCAGUGUGGACGACACAGAUAAGAGUUCCUCUGAAGCGAUCAUGGUGAGGACAGGAUCACUGCAGCUCAGCAGCACGUCGAUAGGAACUUCAUCUCUGAAGAGAACGAAGCGAAAAGCACCUGCCCCACCUUCGAAAACCCCCCUGGCUCAGACUGAUGAAAGGAACUCUGCAAUGGCUCAUGGCCUACCUUUGGAAGAUGGGAUUGCUCCAGACAGCAUGUUGGAACUGAGCUCUCCCGAGGGAAUGUCCACCCCAGAGGGCUCCCUUGGUCCCGGGUUCCUAAGCCAGGAGCAGUGUGCUGUGCCCAAGCCGCCGGAUGAAAUCUCUGAGGGCCCUGGAACUCCAGAGGCAGCUGUAGCAUCCUUGACCUCUGGUGUAAGCUCUGAUUACAGUCUUGAGGAGAUAGAUGAAAAGGAAGAACUCAGCGAGGCAUCUAAAGAUCCGGCUGGAAGUAUUUCUGUGAAGUCGCCUGACAUUGCUUCAGCAUCGACUGAUAUGAGAAUUACAGUGGAGAAGGAUCCUGAUUCAGCCCUCGGCAUCAGUGAUGGAGAGACCUCUCCAAGCUCCAAGGGAAAAACUCAAGAAGGCAGAAGCACAGAGGGGCAAGGGCCGUAUCAUCCUGUUGUAGGCCAUAUAGGCAAUGAGGACAGAGUAUCUGACAGUAUAAAAGACAUGAAGACACUGGGCCCAAACCAGGAGAGUGUAGUUCAAAAUGAAAUCAUGGUCUGUGCCACAAGCACAGAUUAUGUGAAAAACAGACCGGGGAAAAUGGAAACCACCAUAGAAGGCGAAGGCGAAGCUCUGAAGAAAGCCAGCGACAUGGAAACUGAUAGAUUGUCAGGCUCUCCUGCAUGUAGAAUGGACAAUGUUAAAAGUUCGAGGGAAAAUCAUCUAACAGCAUCGCCAGGACCAGAUCAAAAAUUGAAUCAACCAGGUGUAGAGAAGACGAAAAUGCAGGAUGCAGCAAUUCAGGCCACCCCUGCCCGCGGCACUUUUGAUGGGAAUCACGAAGUCAGUAAUUCAUCUGACCCCAGGGCUGAUGAGACUGUGCAGACUUCGGAUGGCAGCAUAUCAGCUCAGCACUCCUCUGCAAGUCUCCAGGAUUCUGUAAAUGCCUCAAGAGAAUUCAGGAGUCAGGGCACCUCAACUUAUGUACAAGAUAGACUCCCUGAGAAAGAGCCAGCUUGUACAUAUGGGAACAAUGUCCCUUUGUCACCUGUAGAUGGAAGUAAUAAGAAUCCAGCUGCUUCUUACCUAAAGAACUUUCCACUUUAUAGGCAAGACUCCAACCCCAAGCCAAAACCGUCAAAUGAAAUCACGAGAGAGUAUAUACCUAAAAUUGGAAUGACUACUUAUAAAAUAGUACCUCCGAAAUCCCUGGAAAUGGCGAAAGACUGGGAAUCAGAAGCAAUGGGGAGGAAAGAUGACCAAAAGAUGCUCCCUGUAGGGCAGAGGCAUACGAUUGAGAAUAUGACAGAAACUUCCAUGCAAACAGAAGUCCCUGCUACUUCUAAAAGCUCACAGCAGCCUCAGCCUGACCUUAAACCAAAGCCCAGCUCAGGAACAGAGCGUCAUUUGCACAGGACUUUGAGCUCACCAACUGGUACCGAGACGAACCCUCCCAAAGCACCCAGAGUGACUACAGACACUGGCACCAUUCCUUUUGCGCCAAAUUUGGAAGAUAUAAACAAUAUUUUGGAGUCAAAAUUUAGAUCCCGAGCUUCAAAUCCCCAGGCCAAACCAAGUUCAUUCUUUUUGCAGAUGCAAAAGAGAGCAUCAGGCCACUAUGUGACAUCUGCAGCUGCUAAGAGCGUCCACACUGCCCCUGGGCCUGCCCCUAAAGAGCCAACAAUCAAGGAGGUGCAGAGGGACCCACAGCUUUCUCCAGAACAGCAUCCUUCUUCCUUAAGUGAAAGGACUCACUCUGCUCCGCUGCCCAAUAUUUCAAAAGCUGAUGAUGAUAUAAUUCAGAAGCCUGCCGAGACCUCUCCUCCUCCUGUAGCUCCCAAACCAAUGACUCUUCGUGCCGAGACCUCUCCUCCUCCUGUAUUUCCCAAACCAAUGACUCUUCCUGCUGAGACCUCUCCUCCUCCUGUAUUUCCCAAACCAAUGACUCUUCCUGCCGAGACCUCUCUUCCUCUUGUAUUUCCCAAACCAAUGACUCUUCGAGCCGAGACCUCUCCUCCUCCUGUAGCUGCCAAGCCUGUGGCUCUCCCUGGUAGUCAGGGAACAUCACUAAACCUGAAGACCUUGAAAACAUUUGGGGCCCCAAGACCAUACUCCAGUUCUGGCCCCUCACCCUUUGCCCUUGCUGUGGUGAAAAGGUCACAGUCGUUCAGUAAGGCAUGCCCAGAGUCAGCCAGUGAGGGCUCCUCUGCCCUGCCUCCAGCUGCCACACAGGAUGAAAAGACACAUACAGUAAACAAGCCUACGGUGGGCUCCCAACAUGGUGAUGGUGAUAAGCAAAAUAAUCCUGUACAGAAUGAGCACAGUUCUCAAGUGCUGACUCCAGCUGAUGGCCCAUCGUUCACCCUUAAGAGACAGAGUUCUCUAACAUUCCAGAGCUCUGACCCAGAGCACGUACGACAGAGCUUGCUCACUGCAAUCCGGUCUGGAGAGGCUGCUGCCAAGUUGAAGAGAGUUACUGUUCCAUCGAAUACAAUAUCUGUGAAUGGGAAGUCGGGCCUCAGCCAGUCCAUGUCCAUUGACGCCCAGGACAGUCGCUAAUAUUACCCUGCUGUGACACACUUCACCGACCAGCUUUCUGCCUACAAGAAAUAUUCACAAAUAUAUAUUUAGAUGUACAUUAAUAUAUAAAUCUAUUCAGGAGUAAACAUUUGUAUUAUGGAUUUAAUGCCAAAAGAAAAAUGAAUAGAAUCUAUAAUUUAUAAUAAGUUUUGGCCUUUUUGUUAUAGCUAAAUACUGCUGCUUUAGAAAUGUUAAACAAGGUGUAAAUGACUUGUUUUUUUCCAAUGAAGAACAAUCACUGCUUAUGGUUUUUUUUUUUCCUUAUGGAUAUACUGUGCACCAUGAAACAAAGGUGUAAAUUGAGAUUUAUAGACAUACUGUAUGACACAGAAACAGGCAAGCACAGACUAACAUUUACUGCCUCAGCGUUAGGCUAUAAUUAGAAAGAUAAUUUAUAGUACGGCCUUUGUUGCUGAAAGACGUGGAAGACUAGUAAAUCAAAUAGAUAAUGUUCAGUUAUUUUUAUUGAAGAAUCACUAUGAGACUUAUUUUAUGUAUUCUUUAAUUACAAGUGUCAGAUCUGUAGGUAACAGUUGAGUAUUUUUAAAUAGAACACUUUAACCUUUAGAAGUAAAAUUGCACAAGAAGACUUUAAGAUAUUUUCUGUAUAUAAUUAUGAUGUUGUUACACAGAUAUUGCAUAUUUUCUAAUGCCAGAGGCCUUAAAAUAUCCCUGUGAAAAUGUUGAUACAUUGUGGCAGUUAUUUCACUUUUGCUAUAAGGAGGAAUUGAGGGUUAGUUUAUGUCCACAUUCAAAACUUUGAAGUCAGACAUUUGCAAAAUCCUGAUUUUUUUUUAAUUAAAGAAAAUGCUAAGUUAGUCAUUUAUGUAUCUCAGAUGCUAGCCAUCUAAAUAAUAAUAUAUAUUUUCCUGAAAGCCAAAAUCGUUGAGAGAAACAGUACUUGAUGUGUCGGCUUCCAGUGGCCCAGAAGUUUAGAACGUGUUAGUGUCCUGGACUUCCUUAAUAAUUUUAUUCCUCUUUUAUUCAAAAGACUGCUCAGACACCUGACACUGAACUUUUUCCUAAAGCUACUGGAGUAUCUGUCAUCCUGACACAUAGGAACCUUUUUCCGUUUAAUAAAAGCAAGUUAUAUAUUUACAGUC